AUGACAACAACUAAACUUUCAAAUCCUACAACCAAACACGAUCUUUGUGUCUACGAAUGGAACGACACAUUCAAUGAUGAAGCAACAAAACCUGAAAAAUUAGUUUGUAUUUUUCACGGAGCUGGAGGAAGAGGAUUGCAGUUUGAAAAAACAUGCGAAAUUUUAGCUAAAAACCAUCCAGAUUGGCAUUUUGUCACGUUUGAUCAAGUUGGUCAUGGAGGAUCUUUUUCAAGUGAUAUUUCAUACCAGUGGUCUGAUUUUGAAUUUGAUUCACUCUACUCAAAUGCAGAAUUCAUUGUAAAUCAUUUCAGAAAUAAGUAUCAACAAAAAGAUCACAAAAUUGAACUGUGUAUUGCUGCUCAUAGUGUGGGCAGUGGAUUGGCUAUGCGUUACUGCAUCAAUCAUAGAGACAUUGUGUCAAAAUUAAUUUUACUUGGAACAAAACCUGAGGCUCCAGGAAAAUCACCUGUUUGGGUAUUUCCUUCUUUAUUUUUGGAAUUAAUUCGAGGUGUUUUCUCUGCAUCAUUUGCCAAGCUGGCAUAUCAUGAGUCAACUCCAAUAGAAGUGAAAGAAGCCGAGUCAGAACACACUAAAAACAAUACCAUGUACAUGAUGAAAGCUAUUUGCACACAACUCAUAUGGCCAACUCAGGAGGAAAUUGCUACUAUUAAGGUAAAGACACUAGUCAUUUCAGGAGAAACAGAUGGUUUAACACAACCUGAACGUGGUAAAGUAGUGCAUGAACUCAUUGAAAAUAGUCAAUUCUGCAUUAUUGAAGGUGCCUCUCACAACAUGAUGAUUGAAAAGCCAUCCAUUCUAGCAGAGAAAAUUGAACAAUUCUUCAUUGCAAAUGAACAAUAA